AAAGAGACAAACAACCUUCUCAAAAAGAUGCCACAAUAUUUCCAUGGCGGAAGAUCAUCAUGGGUCCAUCAAGGUCCUCGAGAUUUGCACGAUAUCUCCUCCGCCGGGAUCCGCCGUACCGGCCUCUCUUCCACUCACCUUCUUCGACAUCCUCUGGUUCCGCUUCCCUCCAGUCGAACGCCUCUUCUUCUACAAAUCUCCGGCGGCAUUCCACGCCAUUCUUUUAAACCUCAAAAACUCUCUCUCUCGCGUCCUGCAACACUACCUUCCCCUCGCCGGAGCAAUCGUCUGGCCGGAAACAUCCCCCAAACCGGCCGUCGUUACCACCGCCGGCGACGGCGUUGUGCUGACGGUGGCGGAAUCCGACGCCGACUUCGACCAUCUCGUCAGCGAUGGGUUGCGUGAGGAGGCGAAGCUUCGGCCUCUGGUGGCGGAGCUUGCAGUGGAGGAGGAGCGGGCGGCGGUGAUGGCGGUGCAGGUGACUUCGUUUGGGAAGGGUGGAUUUAGCAUCGGAAUAACUGCCCAUCACGCGAUUCUGGACGGGAGAUCGUCGACUUCGUUCGUGAAAUCGUGGGCGGGAUUGUGUAAAAAUUUGGUUGCGGGAGGUGAGCCUGUUUCUCCAGCGGCUGAGACGAUGCCGUUUUACGAUCGGAGCGUGGUCGCCGAUCCGGCGGGACUUGAGGCCAUAUAUUUAAAAUCUUGGUUGGCCAUGGGAGGGCCCAACAACAGAAGCUUAAAAUGUUUUGACGUCACAAUUCCGCCGGAUCUAUUCCGAGGCACAUUCAAGCUGAAUCUCCAAAAUAUCCAAAAACUCAAGCAAUUUGUACUCAGACACCGGACCCCGACCCACCCGCCGCUCCACGUCUCCACCUUCACGGUGACGAUGGCGUACACAUGGGUCUGCACCUCCGUGGCCGACGGUUCCCCACCCGACGGCGAGAGGGCCUUCGGAAUGUCGGUGGACGCCCGAGGGAGGCUGGACCCACCUCUGCCGGUGACAUACUUCGGAAACUGCGUGGUCGUCCGAGGCAUCGCCUUGGAGAGGGCCAAAUUGGUUGGGCAAAAGGGAGUAGUUGCCGCCGUGGAGGUGAUAUCGGAUAUGAUCAAAAGCUUGGAAGAAGAGGGGCCUCUAAAUGGCGCCGAAAACUGGGUUUCGUUGAUAGCGGAAGGUGCAAAAAACAAUUGGAAGCCGAUUUCCACCGCUGGAUCGCCGAAAUUUGAGGUGUACAGUGUGGAUUUCGGUUGGGGGACGCCAGAGAAGGUCGAAGUUGUGUCCAUUGAUGCCACGGGAGCAGUUUGCAUCUCCGAAAGCCGAGACGGCGGCGGCGUGGAGAUUGGGUGGACGGCGAAGAGGGAUGUUAUGGAAAACUUCGCUGCGGUUUUUGCUAAAGGUCUUCAAGAACUUUGAGUUAAGGUACUUUAAUGGCGGAAAAUAAGCCAAGAUAUAUCAUUUCAUAGAAAAUUUCAUCGGUUUUCUUUCAAUGGGCAAUCAAACUUAGAGAUUAUAUGGUGGUGGAGCCUAACAACAGUGCAUUGACAGGAAGGACAAUGAGCUAACUUUUGCGAAAUCAAUAAUUGAGGAAGUUCUGUCCAUGGAGACGUUCCCAAAAUUUAGUGACAGAUGGGUUGGCUCAUUCAUUGUUGGUGGGAUCAUUUGUUUUUUAUUUGACUUUGUCAUUAAGUUGAGACAGAUUUAGUCUCGUUAUCUUUGUAAUUGAUCCUAUUGAAUGAGAAAUUUCGGCGAAUUAUCAUAUCAUUAAUAAAAGUUCGAGCCUAUUAGAAAA